AGGUCGCUACAGUAUUCUAUUGAUGUUUGAAAGCAACAACUUCACCAGACCUGAUCAUCGUAGUAAUUUGUGCAUUCACGGUUACCGGCAGAACAGCGGCUCUUUCCGAGAGAAAACCGGAGCCCUGCGGAAACUGCUGAAGAAAAGCGAGGAGCUGGUGUUCAUGGAGGCGCCGCUCAGCGUGCAGAGCCCGGCCACGGGCAACGAGACCAGCCCAGGCCCUCUUGUGGAGAGCAUAGAGCAGAGAGGAUGGUGGUUCUCUGAUGUGGCGGCACAUAGCUUCAGUGCACAGCAGACCUGCAAGAUGAUGGUGAUGGAGGAGUUGCGUCAGGAUCAGCUCCUGUGUGAUGCUGUGAUCCAGGUGGAGGGCUCACUAUUUAAAGUGCACAAACUGGUCAUGUGUGGCUGCAGCCCUUUCUUCAAAUCUUUAUUCACCACCGGGUCCAAUUCAAUCAAUAUUUACAACUUCCCUAAUACGUCAGCUAAUAUAAUGCAAGCUUUAAUAGAGUUUGCCUACACUGGGGCUGUCAGAAUAACCAAAAACAACUUUGAGGACCUUUUCAUCGCUGCCAAUUUCUUCAGUGUGGCUGGGAUCACUCAGGCUUGCUGUAAAUCACUAGAGGAGUCCCUUAGCCCUCAGACCUGCUUCAACACUUGGUCCAUAACUAAUACCUACUACUAUCCCGAGCUGAAACAGAAGGUCUUCUCCUACAUCCUGACACAUUUCCGGGAGGUGGUGACUUGUUCCGGCUUCCUGCAGCUCUCAGUGGAGGAUCUGAUGAGUUUCAUUGAAAACGACCUUCUGAAUAUGCGACAUGAGAUGGCUGUGUUUGAGGCCAUCCUGCUCUGGAUCAACCACUCGCCACAGGACAGGCAGGCGCACAUGAAAGAUCUCCUGCCAAAAAUCCGUUUGGCUUAUAUGGAGGCUGAGUACUUCAGUGACCACGUCAUUGAUAAUGAGAUUGUCUGGCAAAGUCGUGAAUGCAAAAUGUACCUGAUCAGAACCAUGCAACAAAUUCAGGCCAUGAAAAGACAUUGCUUACCCAUCGGACCCUCUUCAUCCCUGUACUGCCACACGCGCCCCAGAGUACCCCAGGCAGUGCUCAUGGCCGUGGGGGGCUGGAAUAUGAGCCGUCCCACAAACGCCAUUGAAAUCUAUGACAGCUAUUCUGAAGCCUGGAUCUUUAACAUCAAUAGGGAUGAGACUCCACGUGCAUAUCACGGAACGGUCUUUCUAAAUGGGUGUGUCUACGUCAUUGGGGGAUUUGAUGGUUUUGAACAGCUUUGCACAGUGCACAAGUAUGACCUGGCCCAUGAGUCCUGGCAGGAGGUUGGCUCCAUGCAUUCAAGACGCUGUUAUGUGAGUGUGGUGUUGCUAGAUGGGUUUAUUUAUGCCAUAGGAGGUUUUGAUGGGACUGAGAGACUGGAAACAGCUGAAAGAUACAGUCCCGAGACUAACCAGUGGACAAUGAUUGCUUCCAUGCACAAUCAGAGGACUAAUGCAAGCAGUGCCACCCUACAUGGAAAGAUCUACAUUUGUGGAGGCUUCAAUGGGACCGAGUGUCUGUUCACAGCUGAGUGCUACAACCCUAGAAGCAACCAGUGGACCUUGAUCCCUGACAUGAGGAGUCGACGCAGAGGUGUCAGUGUCAUUGCAUAUGCAGGGAAUAUCCUUGCUGUUGGUGGUUUCACUGGGGAUGCCUGCCUGAACACAGUGGAGGCCUAUAACCCAGAGACCCAUCAGUGGCACCCCCUGCCGUCCAUGAUUAACCCACGCUAUAACUUUGGGAUCGCAGUGCUGGACAAUGAGCUCUAUGUGAUCGGUGGCUUUAAUGGCUUAACGACCAUCCCUUGCGUAGAGAGAUUUGAUAUUAGGACAGGUGUAUGGUCCAUUAUUGAUGAUAUGAGAGUGUCCCGCUCUGCUCUGAGCUGCUGCAUCGUGCACGACCUUCCUAAUAUGGCCAACUACUCCAGCCUAAAGUUCGCUGUUGAAGAGGCUCCUGAAGAAGAGAUUUCAUUUUAGCAUCAUUCAAAUAUAAUAUAAUAUAAGCCUCUACAAAAGGA